AUGAAAGACGGCCUUGUUGUUCAGCUUGCCCGGUCGGACCCAUACUCGGCGCGCCGUGGCGGCUAUUCUAGGGGCGGAUUCAGGGGCUAUCGUGGCGGCUACGGCGCUCGUGGCGGCUAUGGUGCACGUGGCGGCUACGGCUACGGCGGUCCGUACCCUCCUCCUCCACGCGGCCGUGGCGGCUACGGCUACCCAAGCUAUGGCUAUGAGCGUGGCGGCUACGGCGGCUACGGCGGCGCCUAUGGUGGCCGCGGCCGUGAUUACGGCUACGGGGGCCGUGACUAUGGCUACGGGCGCGAGGCGUAUGGCUACCGCGGCUAUGACGACUACCGUGGCCCUGGCGACGAGCCAUUUGAUGGGCGCGAACGCUACCACGGGCGGCGCGAAGAGCGCAACUACGAGAGCCGGGCGGGCGAGCGCGGCGACCGUGGCGACCGCCCUGAACGCGACCGCCCUGAAAGAGGCGACCGCCAUGAGCGCGACGAGGGCGACGACUACGCACGCGGACGGUAUUCUCGGUCCGCGUCGCCCAAACGUGAACGGUCGCGGUCCCGGUCGCCUAGCCGCUAA